AUGGCUCCACUGUUCCACGUGGAGGCUCUGCUCCCGAGCUCGAUCUCACCCAAGAUCGACUCCAUCCUCCACUCCCACAUCUACCGGCAGGUAGGUCACGUCUUCCGCGCCGUCGCCAGGUUCAGGGCCCUGCUCGUCGACGUGAUACUCAGCAAGAAGAGGACUGCCGCCGCGAGAGCCGGCGGUGGCGGGUACGGCCACUACGGUCGCUCGACGACGAAGUCGGCGAAGAGGAGCGGCGGCAAGAAGCAGACGAGCAAGAUCGUCGGCUUCGUGAAGAUGCACUUCGUCGGCACCUCCUUCCCGCCAGCUCGAGCGAGGGAUCGGUUGGACGCCAGCCGCGCGCCCUGCUAUUCGUCAUACAACGACUACGAGUACGCGGCGGAGUGGAACGCUGUGGUUCCGGCGACGGCGGCGGCCGUGGAGGAGGAGGUGGUGGAGGUGUGCGACGACACGGCGGAGUGCGGGUACCUGUGUUGGCUGGAGGAGGAGAGGUCGUCGGGUGGCGUGCCGGCGGGCGAGGACGACGGCGCCGAGGCUAGUCCGGCGGUGAACGAGAUCGACAGGCUGGCGGAGAAGUUCAUCGCGAGGUUCCACGCGAAGUUCUUGCUGGAGAAGCAGGAGUCGUACCGGAGGUACCAGGAGAUGAUCGCCAGGAGCAUAUGA